AUGGACCAAACAGAAAACCAGCAACAGCAAUCUUUGAGUCAGUUUAUAAAAUCUCAGUUUCAUAGAAAAUUGACUCAGUUGCUUCUCUCAGUUUCUGUUUUUUCCCUAUUCUUUUCUCGUUCAUAUUGGCUUUCUUGGCUCCAUUCCUAUAGCUUCAACUUCCAUAACACACUUCCUUUCCAGUUGUUUAGCCAUACCAUAGAUAAGAACUGCAUAUUCCUUUUAUGCAAUGGGCUGCUUGUUUUUCUAGCAAAAUACUCAGGAUUAAUCAGUUCAUCAAAGUACAGUCUUAGUGAUGAUCAGUCUUUCAAGAGCUAUGAAGAUGUUCAGCAAACCAAGUCAAUUGUCAUGGAGCCAAAUGCACCAAUGUUGGAAAAGGAAGUUGAGGAGACAGUAAAAAACAUUAUUAUAAUGGAAGGAAGACAAGAGAAGGAAGAAGCAGCAGCAGAAAUUGUAACAGGAAACUUCACCCUGGAAGAAGAAGAAGAAGAAAAUACUGCUUUUGUUGGAGAAGAUGAAGGAGAGUUAAAAGGGUCAGAUGAUGACUUUUUUGCACAAGACUUCAGAGAAAGUGAAAAUUAUGACAGAGAAGAAGAAGAAGAAGAAGAAGGAAAUAGAGUGUUAAGUACAGAAGAGCUAAACAAAAGGUUUGAUGAAUUUAUCAGAAAGAUGAAGGACGAAUUAAGGAUUGAAGCUUGA